AGCAGUGAAGGAGAUGUCUGCAAUAUGUCUGACUAUUCGAAAAUAUUUUUAGAUUUACUUAGGAUCUUAUGAAUUAUUUGAUUUUCUCUAAGUUGUCAAUAAUAUGGAGUACCCAUGACAAUUAUUGUGAUCAGAUCGAUAAGAAGAUACUCGAGAAGAAGAUUAUGUAUUGUUGAGGAUCGUAGAGAGGUUUAUCGUGCGACACGAAGAUAUGCAUGUCACGACCGAAGUGUGAAACCGUGGCUCGGACUAAGUGCGCAUUAUAACCUUGCGCGCUUGCUUUGAUCGCGUUGCAGUAAAUGUUUCACCAGGCUGGUGAACUACAUUCUGCAAAUAUGGAACAACUGGUGCAGUGUCCCGUGUGCACACUUUAUUUACACAAUGGCAUGAGUUUAGAGUCUCAUUUAGAUACUCAUCCCAAAGAUCAAGUUAUAAAAGCUUUAUGCAGUCUUGCAAAUAAAAGUGGCAGUAGUUAUGGAAGUCGAACUUCAACUCCACUACAUUCGGAGCGGUCUUACAGAAGUAGAUCUCGUACUCCGGCAACAGAGGAUCGGUGGACUAGUUCUCAUCGAGGUAGCGAUAAUGAUAGAUACUGGAGGAGAACUCCCAGCAGAGCAUCAAAGUCCAGUCAGAUCCUUACAAAUUCUCGUAUUGGUACACCUGAUCCUAGAAUUGGUGACAUUAAUUAUGAGAAUAACAUAACAAACUCUGUUCCUUAUGGGGUUGGGCCUCCUUAUUCUAUAAAAAAUGAUAAACAUCAGUCAACCUAUCCAGGCAUACCAACACUCUCUGAAUUUGAUCAACAGUAUGCUUAUUACCAAGACUCUCCAGAAGAUAGGGAAAUAAAAUAUUCACGAAGUGCAGAGUAUUCUUCAUUAGAUAGUAGUAGCACUGUUUUUACUCAUACUAUGCCAGUAGCAAGCUCUGGUGUGAAGUUACAAACUACAUUAGUACCUGCGCCUAGCAGAGGGAAUGAAACUAUUGUGAAAGUGUUACCAAAACCAAAUAAUAUACUUGUAAAGACAAAUGUUGGCGGGGUGCAGUACAUAACUCCAGGAGUGAAGCCAAUGCACGUUAUGGUACCUACAACACCAACUUUUGUUCAAAAAAAUGUACAAAAUAAUAUGAUAAUGACAAGUAGCAUCCCCGGUACGCAAAUGGUAGAUAGUAAAGCGGUCCCACCUCCUUUAUCCACAAAUCAGUUUAAUCAAAUGACAAGUAGCACUUUCACACCAGGAACUACAGUCGUACAAAAUUCUCAGAUUAUUUAUAGAGAAAUGGUUCAUAACAUUGAUGGUAAGAGAUUUAUUUCAUGUGUGCCUUCAGUACUUAGCCGUGAAAAUGUGACUAAUGUCUCUCAAGGUACUUCUAUGUAUCAAAAUGUUAUGGUUUUAGAUCAACUGGGGAAUGCUUCUUGUAUGUAUACUACACCUCCACAAGUUGUAACAAAACCAUGUACUUCGUCAAUCUAUGGUGAUAACAUUACACAUAUACCGAGCAGUACAACAGCACAUGUUGAAAAGACAAUGCCUAAUACAAAUGAUUGUAAUAAAACAUUGAUAAUUGAAGUUGGUCCCAUUGUGCCCCCUACUUCAGAAACUGCUUUAGCAAGUACUAGUUCUAUAACCACACAAACAAAUAUUAAUAAAACAGAUAAAUCUGAUAAGAGGGACAAGCUGGAGAAAAGUGAAACACCUGGUCCUAGCAAAGGACUGAAAAUUCUAAGUAAUAUUAAAGUGGAGGUACCAGUUCAACAUAAUAAAAAUAUGUUGAACACUGUCAUGGAUUUGACUGGCCCAAAUGAAUCAGAAUAUGUAGAAAGGCCCAUUACUCCAGAAAAAAUUCUACCUGAUUUAGAUGAAAACAAUGAUAAUAUUGAUAACAGUCAGAUUUUGUCUGAUGAUUGUACCCAACCAUCAAUAUCAAGCAGUGACAGUAUAGUCUCCCAUACAUUCUCUGUUAUAAAGAACGUGGGAAAUCCACCUUCAUACAAAGAAUCUAAAUCUAGUGUAAUGGAUAGUAAGAUUGAAACUGAGUUUUCAGACAGUUGUCCUGUUCCUGAUUUGAUAUGUAAUGAGAAACCAUCAAUAUCACCAUGUAGUGAGUUGUCUGAAAAUGGAGAGAAUUCCAUAGAUCAUACUUCUAUUAGUCCUUCAUCGUCCCAUAACAAUCAACAAGUGAAUGUAGAUAACACAUUUGAAAAGAAAACUCUUCAACCGAAGACUUAUAGACAUAAUGCUUUGAGGUUAAACAAUAUAUUUGUAAAGAAGCACAAGAAAAUUUUACAGAUUAAAAAUGUUAAGACCUUUCCUGUUACUAACAGCUCGAUACAGAGUGAAACUGAACCUAGAGCGUCCUCAUCAUCUUGCAGAUCACCAGAAAACUAUUCUAUAACCAAACUUAAUCAUACAGAGAAUAAUGAAAUCCAAGAGAAGUUGAGUACUUUAAAUACAAUAUCUGUUGAACAGAUUACAAUAUUGAAUGAUGAUGAUCACCAUGGUUUUGAUGCUGACACUGAGGAGCAAUCUAUGGAUAUUGAGCCUGUGGCUUCAUCUAGCUCUUUACAUGAUAAAUUAACAACUAGUGUUGAGGUGGUUCAAGUAAAAGAGGAGGCAAACACUAGUAAUGAAGAUGGCUUCAGCAAUAAUGAAAAUAGUCUCACAAAUCGCGGCAGUAUGACACCCUUAGAAACUUUACGCCCAAUUAAUGUUAUCACAUAUGGUAAUAUGGCGCCGGGAGAUUUUGAUGAUGACUCCAACCAUAGAGAACUUUUGGAAUUAGAAGCCUCAUCCAAGAAUAAGCAGUUUGUUAGUAUGAUGAAUGAAAAUUAUUUUGGGGAUAAUAUCUAUGCAGAUUACUUUACGCCUGAAAGGGAAUCACUAGAUUCAGAGAGGGCGGGUUUCUCAAAGGAAGGUCCAAAAGAUGGUAUGUACAUUUGGGGUGAAUCAUCACACAAAGAGAGUGAAUUCGUUUUACCGAAUUUCAUACAUGAGAGUUAUAAGAUUGCUGACAGUAACGGGAUUGAUUAUUCAGAUGUGGGUAAUAGGUCUGGACAUUUGGAAGGUGACCGCGACAGCAAGACCGACGUGCUGAGCGAAGGGCAGAGCGAGCCGCCUUUGAAUAUCUGUGCCGAUGAGCGCAUGCCGCCCCGCGGCGAGCUCAGCGGCCAGGAAAGCAACGGUGACAUGGAAUCAUCUUGGAGUGGGAUAUACCAAGACAUACCGCCAGCGGAGCCUUAUGAUUUGAUAGCACGUGAGAGUUGGGUGUCUGAUGGCUCUGAAAUGGAUCCAAAUGAAAAGCGGGAUAAUUUAGAUGAGGAAUUGUAUCCGAAAGUGCGUGGUAAUGCUUGCGCGCAUUGUGGUGCAAAGUUUGCGUCCGCCAAAGAGUUGCGAGCGCACAAAUCGAGUUCGCACCCGCUAUCUGAACCCGCGGAGAAAACGUACAGUCGCAUGCUGACCGCGCGCGCCAUCAAGAAAGAGGAGAAACCUGAUGAAACAGCACUACAAGCGGCAGCUAGUAUGAUGCCCAUAGACUCGAAGGAGUCGAUAGCGACUACAAUGUUACAAGUUUAUGAUGCGAUGUCGGAGGCCAAGCCUAAGAUAGAGGGAGAGAUCAUUAAACAGGAGCCCAAGCAGAGAAGGAGACGUGAUUACGUCUGCCCUACAUGCAAGGUGGAUCAGUUGACGGACGCAGCGUUCCACGCUCAUCUCAAAAUACACCCGCUCGAGUGUCUCACUUGCGGCAAAUGUUUCUUCCGGCGAGCGAACUUGGCGUUGCACAUCAAGACUCACUUGGGUAUCAAGAACUUUAAAUGUGAAGUAUGCGAGAAACGUUUUAUAACAAAGCAGAAGUUGAUGGAACACCACAACAUACACACGGGCCGAACGCCUGUCAAGUGCACGAUCUGUGAUGAAACCUUCCGGAGAUACUCGAACAUGCUCCAACACAGGGACCGGCACCACUUCCAAAAGAAGCCGAAGGUGCGCGACUUCGUGUGCCAGUGCGGCGCGGUGUUCCAGUCGCGCGCCAAGCUGCAGUGGCACCGCGAGACGCACGAGCCGCGGCCGCGCGCCUGCCCCUACUGCAGCGACAAGUUCGUGCACGCGGCCUCGCUCACGCGCCACGUGCGCCGCACGCACAACGUCUACUACCUCGCCGACAAGCAGAAGGGCAAGGCCGAGAACGUUCCGUGCCCGGUGUGCAAACAGAUAUACCUCCGCACGAAUCUGCGCGCGCACCUGCUGACGCACAGCGGGUCGCGCGCGCACGUGUGCGUCAUCUGCAGCAAGGCGUUCACCACCAAGUGGAACCUCAAGCUGCACCGCUGGACGCACAUGACGCGCUCCUACAAGCCGUACCGCUGCACACUCUGCAAGGGCGCGUUCAUCCGGCACGCGGAGUACGUGGCGCACAUGAACGCGCACCGCGCGGUGCGGCCCUACACGUGCAACUACUGCGGCUGCCAGUUCAUACGCAAGUACAACUGCCAGCGGCACGUGCGCGAGCACGAGAACGACAAGAAAUACGUAUGCAAGGUGCCGGAGUGCGGUAAGUCGUUCCACAGAAGUUAUUAUUUAUCGGAACACAUGAAGGUCCAUAGCGGGGUGCGGCCGUUUUCCUGUCACAUAUGUGGGAAGACGUCGAGCAACAAAUCUAAUCACAACAAACAUCUGAAAAUACACCACGCCAGAGAACCGGUCGCCACGGAAGCGUAGAUUAGACUGACUACCAACCGAUGGGUCUGUAAGUGCUAUAUAGAGUAAGUUUUUAAUCAGUGCACAUAUAAUUUAAAUAUUAACGUUUACUUUAAUAAUUAUGAACGUUUUAAUAUGUAAUAAACAAAGUGCAGGUAAGUCUAUAAAAGUCGGUCAUUAACCUUGCACAGUAGGGUGACCAUAAGUAGCAAUGUGUUUAAAGACGCCUCUCUUUUUAACUUUAUCUCUGAUAAAAAAAAGAUAAAACUUAUGAUUUACAACAAGGAAGAAAAUAAUUAAAAUUUGUGCACUGUUUAAAAAAACCUUGUAGAAUUCCAUAUUUAAUUUUUACGGAAUAUACUGAAGUUACCUUUACGAGUUUAGUUUUCAAAAGGUCUGAGAUCUUUUUAACACAUGUUUGAGGAGAAUCUAUUCUGUAUUUAAUGGAUAAAGUCUGUUUUGUGGCGCAUAAAAGAGAGCGAGAUAGUCGGUUGGUGAUUGCGCAUCGUUUUAUUCUUUUGUCAGUAAUGUAUCUUUGUUAAAGCGUUUCUUAAUAGUCACCUAACGAAUUAGACGAAUAAGUUUCGUCUAUUGUGGAUUAUGUUGAUCAAUUGAUCUCUGCUUUAACAUCACGAUUCCAUCAACCUUGCUGUACCCAAUUCACUACGCGUACUAGCCAGCCAGUAUUUAUUUGUUACCCGUACUGAAUAUUGCAACACAACUGUCAAUUACGUCACCAAAAUGGCGGACAGAUGCAUUAGUAAUUUAUCUAGUACUGCGACUUUGUUGGUGUUUUAUAAUCCUGACCAACUCAAUCCUACACAACGCCUAUGUAAUAAUAAUAUUAAUAAUAAACUUUAUUUGCAUUUCCAACAAUACAUUCUAAUUUACAACUGAUUAAGAU